AUGGGGGCUGCGAUCCAUAUAUCUCCAAAGAGACAGGUUGUCUAUGGCGACUACUACUUGCCCGUGACCAUGGGCGAAGAUGACUCGCCCCAGCCAUCCAUGCAUAGCAUGGAGGUGACAUUCUCCCUGCUCUCAGGGCAAAGCUUGAAAUUGACCUUGAGCCAGGAACCUCAGAAGAUCUUCUUGGUCAGCGGAAUCAGGCUAUUUGCCUGGGAUUUCCAGCCUUGGUCUUUGGCAUGGUGUACAGGUUCGUCCAGCAUAUUCCGAUAUUCUGCCAACCUUGACAAUGGCGCCUUCCACUGCAUGAAUGCUAUCAAGAAGUCAGGAAGCGUUGGAAGACAUUUUGCCAUCAGCAUCGAGGGCCUGGACCAGUACCGCGCCCGAAUCUUUCGCCCUUUGUCCAACAAGGAAUACAUCUUGUACGAUCCUGCUUCCCACACAGGUGCGCCGGGAGAAGCUCGCGAGAUGGGUUGCCUCCGUUUGCGCAGCAAGAGGAGGGUGGGCCCAUCGGACUUGGACUUCGUGAUGCCCAAGGAUGGCACAGCAGCACAGUUCAGACCGCUGGCUUUGAAGGAGUCCAUUUCGCAGAUCUACGAGAGAGGGAGCCUUGAACAUUUGCAAAUCCUGCGUGGCACCUCUGAUGUGUCCAUCGAGCUUCGAUUGCAUGGUGAAGCAAUCUUUGAAGCUCACCCUAUGGACAAGACAUGGGCGGUGCGCUUUCAACAUCCAUUGUCCCACUUCCAAGCUUUUGGAAUCCUGAUUGGAGUGCUGGACAAUGCUUGCUUAGCUAGUUUCCACAAGUGA